GGCAUGUGAUAAUUAUCGAUUAUAAUCGACAACCUCCAGUUCAUGAUGGGAGUCUCCUCGUUUCGCGGCGACAAGUUCUGGGAGCAGGAUGGCAUCAUUGCCGCCUUUCGCAGCUUCGCCACCAAGCACAAUGUCCACGUAACGCUAGUCAUGCAUCCGCGCAAGGAGCGCCAGGAGGAUGACCUCACCACGAGCUCCGUCUUUGGCACGGCCAAAGCCACACAGGAGGCGGACAAUGUGCUCAUCAUUCAAGACAAGCGACUGACAUCGGUGCGGGGCAAAAAGUAUUUGCAGAUAGCCAAGAACCGCUACAGCGGAGAUCUGGGCAUUAUGCCGCUUGAGUUUGACAAGGAGGCGCUCAGCUACUCUUCGCAGAUCCAAAGUGCCAAGCGGCGACGGGAGAAGCCAACGACAGAGGCUUGAUGUACUUAUUUAUGCAUUUGUUGAUACUAUCUGAUAUACAUAAUUAUU